UACUUUUCCUUCAGAUAUCUCAAUCCACUCUUCCUUCUACUUCUCUCAAUCUCCGAUCUGGCCAUUAACGACACAAUUAUGGGGCUUCACUUUGCAAAAUUCUAUACAAAAUCAAUACUUUUGAUCCUGUCAGCCCUGAUCGACGUCGCACUCAGCAACGUCGCGCUGGUAUUUCUCAAAUGGACCGAAACUCGAUGGCCUGCGCAGUCUGAUCUUUUGCGAACCGCUGUAUCUGCUUCGCUAUGGGGAUAUUUGCUUUACAUUGUUCAAGUCAUCAAGAAGGUCAAUAUCUCAUUCAGCGGCGACCUCGUCAGCGCGGAAAGCAGCGCGCUGUUCAUAUGUACAACUCCUACAUUUGUCUUCAGAACCACGAUCACUGACUCAGUCUCGCUAGGUAAUCACAAAUCAACUCUAGACUACAUCAUCCUCUACGCCCUAUCCAGCUACCACGGCGUUCCAGGACGCAUGCGUUUUCUCAAUUGGCGAUCUAUGUUCAGUAUUCCUUCUUUAGACUGGUUAUUUGCUAGUCUAUGGGUUUCGCAGAACUGGACUUUGGAUUCAGAGGAAGAGAAAGAAGAACUGUUUAGACCACUUGCGAACGGUCUCCACUGGACUGCUGUUUUUCCAGAGUCGAUUCGAUAUACUCCCGAGGUUGCGUUUGAGCAUAAACGAUACUGCGUACUGAAUGGCCUACCUGUGUUGCAUCACUGUCUCUACCCGCGGUUUGAAGCCUUUGUGCCUAUUCUACAAUAUCUUAUAGAGCAGGAACGAAUUGAGUGUGUAUACAGCGCGACCUUAUUCUACGAAAAGACAGAUCAAGAUAACGAACCCGUCUCUUCCAUCGCCACAUCCUCAGCCAGCGCCGUCACCGCCCCCUCCACAACCAGAAGAAAUUCUCCAGCAGUGCACCUUCUAGACUCUCCAGGCUCUGAAUCCACCAGCAAGAUCGACAUCGCACCAACCCUCCGCGACGUCCUGCUUGGCAGGACAGACUGCUGGAACUUCCACAUGCACAUCGAGAAAGUGGCGAUCGAUCAGAUACCGACUGAUCCGCACUCGAUUGAACGAUGGCUCGAACGGCUGUGGGUUAAGAAGGAUAGGUUUCUGUCGAUCAUUGAGCAAAAGGGAAUGUCGUAUAAGGGACUGGGGUUCGUAUAUUACCUUGGGGACGAGUGCGUGGUGAACGACUCAUCUACACAGAUGUCUACACAGAUGUGACCUUCACAGUUGCUUAAAGAUAUUUUUAUCCUUGCUUAAUGCUGUUCUUAUUACGAUUUAUUCUUAUUACGAUUUAUUAAUUUAUCC